AGCCCCGCCGGAGCCCCGUCGGAGCCUGGCCUCAGCCCCAGCCAGAGCCGGCACGGAGCCGGAACGGCAGACCCCGCGCCCCGGCGGCGCCGGAGCCCCGGCCGGUGAGUCCCGCAGGAGCCGCGCUCAGGGGAAGUUUGGGGCGCGCUCGCUUGGACCCGCCCCCCGCCUCCCGCGAGCUGGAAGUUUGGGGCCAGGAGGCCAUCACGCCAAGGGUCCCAGGAGCGUGGCCCCCGCGGGAAAGGAGAGGCUGAGGAGCUUGGGGAUCUGCUCUGAGGGGACUCGGAGGUGAAGGCAAGGUCCCUGAACUGCUCAGACACUCCCUGUGGCCCUGAGUCAAGAUGAGGCCCCAUCAUGCCCCUCAGUGAGACCUGCAGCCUAAGCAGAUAGUAUGGCCUGCCUCUGGAGGUGAACACCAUGGCUACAGGCAGUGGCCGGGCCUUUGCUUGGCAGGUGUUCCCACCCAUGCCCACCUGCCGGGUGUACGGCACAGUGGCAUACCAGGAUGGGCACCUGCUCGUGUUGGGGGGCUGUGGCCGGGCUGGACUGCCCCUGGACACUGCCGAGACACUGGACAUGGCCUCGCAUACAUGGCUUGCACUGGCACCCCUGCCCACUGCCCGGGCUGGGGCUGCUGCUGUGGUGCUGGGCAAGCAGGUGCUAGUGGUGGGCGGUGUGGAUGAGGGCCAGAGCCCUGUAGCUGCCGUGGAGGCCUUCCUGGCUGAUGAGGGCCGCUGGGAGCGUCGGGCCACCCUCCCUCAGGCAGCCAUGGGGGUUGCAACUGUGGAGAGAGAUGGUAUGGUGUAUGCUCUGGGGGGAAUGGGCCCAGACACGGCUCCCCAGGCCCAAGUUCGGGUAUAUGAGCCCCGGCGGGACUGCUGGCUUUCGCUACCCUCCAUGCCCACACCCUGCUACGGGGCUUCUACCUUCCUGCACGGGAACAAGAUCUAUGUCCUGGGGGGCCGCCAGGGAAAGCUCCCAGUGACUGCUUUUGAGGCCUUUGAUCUGGAGGCCUGUACCUGGACCCGGCACCCAAGCCUGCCCAGCCGCCGGGCCUUUGCUGGCUGUGCCAUGGCGGAAGGCAACGUCUUUAGCCUGGGUGGCCUGCAGCAGCCCGGGCCCCACAAUUUCUACUCCCGCCCACACUUUGUCAACACUGUGGAGAUGUUCGACCUGGAACAUGGGUCCUGGACCAAGCUGCCCCGCAGCCUGCGCAUGAGGGAUAAGAGGGCCGACUUUGUGGUUGGCUCCCUUGGGGGCCACAUCAUGGCCAUUGGGGGCCUUGGCAACCAGCCUUGCCCUCUGGGCUCUGUGGAGGGCUUCAGCCUUGCACGGCGGCGCUGGGAGGCCCUGCCCACCAUGCCCACAGCCCGCUGCUCCUGUUCUAGUCUGCAGGCGGGGCCCUGGCUGUUUGUCAUUGGGGGUGUGGCCCAGGGUCCCAGCCAAGCUGUGGAGGCGCUGUGUCUGCGUGAUGGGGUCUGAAUGCCUGAUGGGAUGUGUCAGCUGGGGCAGCGCAUGCCAGAGGCACAGGUCUGUGGCUCCUUUUGCUGCUGAAGAAGCUCACUGUGGCUCUGUGGGAUGAGGGAGGCACAGGGUCAGAUACUUGAGACAAAUGUCUCAAAGGGUGAGGGGACUUUGUCUCUAGUGCAGGACACAUAUGCUUAUACCCACCUUUAUCCCCAUUCAUUCUUGGACCAUGCCUAGCUCCACACUUGCUCUGGAACUACUGGGCCCUCUGUCCAACUGGGAAGUGGGAGGGUGGGAGAGCUGGCCUCAUGCCCCACAGGAUUAGUGCCUACCUGGAGUUGACCAGGCUCACCCUAAUAGCUGUUCCUGAAAAAUCCUAGCUGUCAGCCACCUUGAAGGCCUCUGUGGCCCCAGGAGAAUUCAGACAGGUCAGAGGACACAGAGGGAGUGGAGGAGUGGAUGUAGGAACCUCCAGAGAACCAGAGGAAUAUUGGCUUUGGGCCCUUUACACUGUUGACUGUGUGAUCUUGAGCAAGUCAUUUCACCUCUCUGUGCCUCAGCAUCCUCAUCUGUACAUGGGGACCUCUGGAACCUUCCUGCCCUACCUACCUCACAGGGCUGUUGUGAGGACCCAGGAAGUUCAGAUGUGAAAGUAAAAGUGCUGCUAAAAUCCGGUGUAU